AUGAGGCCGCCUCCCUGCAUGCUGGGGCCCUCGACGUCGCUGUCGGGGCUCGUGCUGCUGCUGCAGCUCCCCGCCAUCUCCUUCUUCUUGGUCGUGGCGGCGUGGGAGGCGCGCCUGCACCUCGCCCGAGUGCGGAGCGCGCGGCGGCACAGCACGACGAGCACGCCCACGGCCGCGAGCAAGACGAGCUCCACCACCUCGAAGGGGAAGCAGCAGCACACCGUGGGGAGGAGACGCAUUCGCCCGAGCCGCCAGCGCUGCGACGACGAGCAGGAGCACGGGGAGCGCGGAACGGAGGCGCAAGAGAAAGAGAAAGUUUGGGUGGCUGACAAACAGACCCCACCGAUAUACUUGGACUGCGGUUCGCAAACACGGCGUUGGCAAGGCAAUCCAUCAUUCCAAAGUGAGCUCGGACAGGUUUACUUUGGCUCUGAGAUGGCUGAUGAGGACUCAUCCGACUUCACCUUCUGCAAGGUUAGUUCUGCAGAAAAUGACGGUCAACCAGAAUCUCCUAAAGCCAUUCCUGUAGAAAGUAUGACACUCGAGGAUGUUCGUGUUGAUAGUGCAAAUACUUCAAAGAACAAUAGCGUGGAAACUUCUGACUCAGAAAAAGAUAGGUCUGGUAACAAUGUCAGUGUUUCAACAAAAGACAAUAACAUGAAAGCGCCAGUUACACAGACAAGUGGUGGAGCAGAAUCGAAUGUGCCAUUACAGGCAAAGCCUUCAUCGAAGAAAAAACCCACAGCACGGGCAAAGGUUCCUUUUGAGAAAGGCUAUAGUCCAAUGGAUUGGCUAAAGCUGACACAAACACAUCCUGAUCUAGCUGGGCUUAAGGGGCAGUCAAACCGAAGGUUAAUAUCUUUAGAAGAGGUUAAACAGCACAAAGCAGGAGAUUGUAUUUGGACAGUUCUCAAAGGCCGCGUGUACAACAUUGCUCCAUACAUGAAAUUUCAUCCUGGAGGUGUUGAUAUGCUUAUGAAAGCUGCUGGGAAAGACUGCACUGCUUUGUUCAGAAUGAGACGUUUUUUGGUUGAUACGAGGAAUGUUCCUGGUGGAAGUCAUGAAACUGGAAGAAACUCAAACUUAGAGCAGCCACGUGAAGAUGAAGUACCAAAUCCAGAUCAUCAGCAGCCACAGCCAGUGCCAAACAUCGGCAAUGUAACUAGAAAUCUUCUUGAGUUGAUUGAUUUUUUGAAAGAUAACAAUGAAGAAGUCAGAUCUGCCUACGACCGUGGUGGGUUAAAUUGCAAGAUGACUUCCCACAAAAUUCAAAAGGAUCUUGCAAGAUGCUGCGCAGAAGAAAUAACUGAAGCAAUUAUGGGAGAGAUUGGUGAUAGAAACUUCUCUGUUCUUAUUGAUGAAUCACGGGACAUUUUAGUUAAAGAGCAAAUGGGGGUAGUUUUAAGGUACGUGAAUGCUAAAGGGAAUGUCAUCGAACGAUUUCUUGCGCUUGUACAUGUCAGAGAAACUACAGCUGAUUCACUAAAGGCAGCAUUAUUUGGAGCUCUUGACAGGCACAAGCUAUCUGUUUCUCGUAUACGGGGGCAAGGAUAUGAUGGAGCUUCGAAUAUGAGAGGUGAAUUUGGUGGCUUACAGAAAAAGAUUCUAGAUGAAAACCCAUAUGCCUUCUAUGUCCACUGUUUUGCCCAUCAAUUGCAGCUAGUUGUUGUUUCUGUAGCAAAUUGUUGCUCAUCUAUUCAUGAUUUCUUUGAGUAUGUCUCAUUGAUUUUGAACACAACAACCACAUCUUGCAAGAGGAGGGACACACUACAUGAAAACCAUCGUAAAAAUACUUUGCGACUUAUUGAAACUGGUGAGGCAACAACAGGAAGAGGCUUGAAUCAGGAAACCAGCCUUACUAGACCUGGGGAUACAAGAUGGGGAUCACAUCAUACUACUUUGAUUCGUUUGUAUCAAAUGUGGGACUCAGUGAUAGAGAUGUUGCGUAUAGUCCAUGAAGAUGGUAGAGUACCAAAUCAAGCAGCUGGUUUGAUACAAAAAAUGGAGUGUUUUCAGUUUGUUUUUAUUCUGGUGGUUAUGUUAAAGUUGCUUGGUAUCACAAAUGAGCUCUCACGUGUCCUUCAAACAAAGGGUCUUAACAUUGUUCUUGCACUUGAGCUUAUUCAUGAUGUGAAGUCUAGAUUGAACACCUUGAAAGUGGCUGGGAUGACUUAUUUGAAGAAGCAAAACAGUUUUGUGCAGCAAAGAGUAUUCCAGUCCCAGAUAUGUCUGCAGAGAUACCAGUGA